AGCCAGAGCGGAAGUGUGUUUGUAACCUAAAGAGAGGGGUGUUGCAACCCCAGUGCGACUCACUCACCCCCGUCCUGUCCUUGAGAACUGGCAGCCACGCUCAGCCUGGUGCCUGGACUUCCUGGUGACGCCCCCUGACACUGCCCACAGGACCCCCGAGAGCCCUCGGGUCGGCUGGGCCCAGCGGUGGUGCUUCCGGGAGGACUAACCCUCGGCGCAGUGGGGCAGAGGGAAUCGGUCCUCCCUGGGUGCCGCCCUGGCCCCAGCAGCCCUGGUCACCUUCAAACCCAGCUGCGGCCGUAUCCGGGUCAGCUACAUCCAGACUAGGGCCAAGCAAGGGGCUGUGUGUGAAACGCUUCUGGGGGUGCGAUUUCCUCAGCCCAGGGAUAUUCGCUCCCCGCCCCAGGAUGGGCAGUCACAGGUCCAGCAGGCUGCAGGGCCAGUAGCUGUGGGGUUUAGGCCUGGAUGGCCCCUGAGGCCUGCUGUGCCCCUAGACAGGGGUUUGGGGGUGACUGGGUCACGGGGCUCCGUGCUGGCUGCGGCAGGGCGGGGCCUGAAGCCUGGACUUCCUGUUCGCCGUGCGGGGAGCAGCUCUCCACCGGGCCCUGGGCCGCAUGGCUGCUUCUCCACCACCUCCAACCUGGACGGAAGGCAGGCCACGGCGGCCCUGGCCCCCAGGCUGCAGGCUGUGCCGAGCUGGCGACAAGGAAGUGACUCAGACGCUGUCGCUGAGGGCAUCGGUUUCUGUAGACGCUGAGACCCCAACUGCGUGAGCCUGGGGCUCAGAUACGGAAAUGCGUCUUCCCCAGGCCUGGCAGCUGCAGGCCCGACGUCACCCGGCUCCCUCCAGGGCACGAUGCCCUUCCCGGUCCCUUCUGGCACAUCCCUGCAGCCUGGCUCUACUUCAGGCGAGCAUCAGUGUCCUGGAGCUGUAACUCGAAUAGCGGCUGAGACCUGUCUCCCUGCAGGCUCCAUGCUGAGGCCAGCAGGACGUGACGCCGGGGGACACUGUCCAGUGCGGACCCACAGGUGACCAUAUGCAAAGGCCCUGGGUGCACGGUUCCUGCUGCUCUUAGUAUGACAGAAGUGAAGGUGGUUACCGUCCAGGAGGCUGAGGCAUGAGGAUCAGCACAAGUUCAAGGCCAGCCUGGAGUCCAUCAGGAGACCUUGUUUCAAAAACUCCACCAGGCAGACACGAGCAGCCUGACACGGGGAUGUGGAAUGGAAUCGGUGACAGGGUCUCACUGUACAGCCCAGGACAGCCUUGAGUUUGUGGUGAUCGUCCUGCCUCAGCCUCCCGAGGGCCGGGAUCAGAGGCUGGCGUCUCCCCGCCCGUGGCGAUGGCGCCCUCUCUCUGCCACAGCUGGAGUGGCUCUUCCAAGAUCCCCGCCCUGCAGACCCUCAGUGCUGGCCUAUGGCGGUCCCCUGCCGCAUCCUGCCAUGUGGCGUGACCUCGCGUCCACCCUGGGGUGGAGGAAGGGGGGACCGGUGCCCUGGGACAGCAGGAGGGAGCCGAGCGGGACCCCGAGCAGCAGCCUGGAGCUGAGCCUCUCGGCAGAGCUCACCAACGCAGGGCGUCAUGGCGUCACCUCCCUGCUGGAGGGAAUGUUCCAGAAGCCACAGCUUUCCUCCAGCACAGAAGUAUCGCCUGAAGGUCCCUGGGAUGGAUGUGCUGUGCUUCUAGAAGGUUCUGUGCUUUUCGGGGUGGCUGACUCGUGUCCCCCAGCUGUCAGGCUCAGUCCUGACCCGGCCUCACCGGGCUGCCAAGGUGCGAGGUCACAUGAGGCCUUGGUCCGGGACAGCAGGAGAGGCGGCCCAAGAGAAUCCAGGCCGCUGCACCCGACUCCCAGGCUGCCCGCGGCGGUGGGGACCCUGGACUGGCCUCUCCAAGGCCGCGCCAACCCGGGUGGGGCAUCACCGCGUCCCAGGCGCUGCGAGAGGCCAGGCUGUCCCCACGUCCCUGUGCUCGGCCUCCGGCGGUGGCCACAGCCCUGGGCCCCGGCUGCCUCUGGCCUGGCCCGUGGCCUCCUUCCCUGUGUCCAGCCUGUUUCCCCUGGGAGCCUCACCUGCUGGCCUGGGGCCACCUUGUGCCAGCCGGAUGCCCGGGAGCCUGUGCGAUGGGAAGAGGCUUCCUGGACAGCCACGCCCGGGACACAAGUCCCAGCGUCCUGCUGUCCCGGGCACUCAGGGAGCCACUGGUGCCACGCAUGGGGAAACGGGGGUCGGGGUCCCGGGGAGGUGGCCAAUGGCCCGUGUUGGGUGCAGGUGGGACGCGAAGCUGAGCACAGGCACCACCAAGGGGCAAGCAGCCCUGGGCACGGGGCGGCAGGAGGGGGCCUGUCCUCAGGGGCACGGCGCCCAGACGGAGCACGGUGCCAUGAGGCCACCGUGAGCCCGGGCUGCCUCCCGUCACGCCAGCUGCAGCGUCUUGGGACAGGCACCGUGCGGACAGACCUGGUGCUCAGCAGGCCCCAGGAGUGUGGGAGGCCAGGGUGAGGCCUCUGGCGACUCAGGGACCCCCCACCACUCAUGGACAUGACAGCUAUCUCCAAACAGGGCCCCUGGCAAGCGCGAGGAUGAGGGUUCAACGCCCCCAAAAUAAAUAAGUAAGAAGCGCC